AUCAGUCAACACCUUAUUUAACCAGAUUUCUUCACACAUUCCCAAAUUCAUUGCCCUGUAUUCAGCUUCAGCACUACUCCUCGCCACUAUUCCCUGUUUCUUACUUCGCCAAGUGACAAGGUUACCCCAGACAAAGGUUGCUCUGCGUAUUGAAGCAUUGCUGGGACUCACCAAAUCUUUCUUCAGUCCUCCUUGCAUAUUUCCUCGGGUAAAUCCUGGUGCACCUAUUGAGAGUGUCAUGAUGCCAUUUAAAGCCGUUCAGCCAUUAAAUGGAAGCUUACAGUUGAAGGAAGUGGUUAUGCGUUUCUUUGACAAAUCAGUUGUGCCUAUCAUAGACGACUGGGGUAGAUGCAUUGGACUACUGCAUCGAGAAGACUGUACUGAGUUGGAUGCUCCCCUUUGGAAAAUGAUGAGAAGCCCUCCUCCUGGUGUAACGGCUACAGCAUCCAUUGGACAUGUUGCAAAUCUAAUUCUACAAAAGAGGUACAAAAUGAUUAUUGUUGUAAGACAUAGCAAGUUUAGUACCUAUGAUGCCUCGAGAUUGAGGGCUGUCGGUGUUUUUACUACCGAGCAAUUGUAUGGCUUCAUUUCUCCCACUCCGAUGCAGCCUCAACCGAACAUUCCAUGUAAGACGUAACAGAUGAAAACAACCCUCCAUUUUUGAAAAAGAAAUUAGCUUUACAGAAAA